AUGCUCCGACUUUACAAAAACAGGCGCUAUUACGCCGGCGGCACGGCUCGGCGGCCCGAGUACCGGUGGUGCUACGCCGAGCAGGUGGACCAGGCCGCUCCCAUGCCCGACAGGAGCAACGGCUGGCGCUACCUGGGCCCCCGAGAGGGAGAGACCUACAGGCGCCAGGCGGGCUUCGGGGCCGGGUUCCGCCUUCGCCUGCCGUUCCCCCGCCUCCCCGUGGGGCCGGGGCACCGCUGGCCUGGGCGAGGACGAUGCUGCGCAGGCGCCUGGUGCACCCGCGCAACGCCGACGCCUGCCGGCUAUGGUCCAUGA